UUUGGUAUUUUAACUAUUUUCCGUACGAUGGAUCCGCUUUAUCGCGCUCCCCCGCGGUCACGGCACGGUGUCGAGCAUGGCCGACGACUACCUCAACGUCAUCAACAUCGCCCCGGUGGCAUCCGGCCUCUCGCCGAAGAAGUCGCCCGUCUCGCCGCACAACCUGACGACGGUGCAGGCGUCCAACAGCGAGUGCUACUUCUGCCACAAGCGCGUGUAUCUGGCGGAGAGGAAGUCGGUGGAGGGACUCUUCUUCCACCGCACCUGCUUCAAGUGCCACCACUGCAACAAGUUGCUGCCCUUGACGGGCGACUACAGCUUCGACCGCUACGAUCCCGGUGGCGCGAAAUUCUACUGUCCGGCGCACUUCAAAUUUUGCAAGCACGACUUCACUCUCUUGCAAUCCCCGCAGAAAUCCUCCCCGCUCCCUUGACCCCGCCCUCCGCCGUCCCCUCCCCCUUGCAGCACUUCCAGCGCUUCCCCAGCCGCGAGGAUAUCCUCUGCGCCUCGCCGGUGCCCUCGCUGGCCUCGUCGCGCUACCUGGACGACGACGACAGCGGCGAGGACGAUCUGGACGAGGACAACGUCCUGACGCACAACUUCGGCGGGACGACCAUCGAGACGGGCGGCGGCAGUGCCUCCGACAGCGACGACAUGGAGCGCGUCAUCGACGGCGACGCGGCGGAGAUGGAGGUGGAGGAGUGGCGGAGGAAGCGGGUCGGCAAGAUGCUGCGGGAGCGCGGGGAGUCUGGGUCCAACACGGACAGCAGCUGGGAAUCCGGAGAACCAGUUCAAAACGCGUACGACGACUCCUCGGAACCUUUAUGCAACGCGUACGAUUCUUCCUCGGACGAUUCCGACUCGGACGCCGACCUCCCGGCUACCGUGGUUAAAGUGCCCUCCGAGCAGCGGCCAGCAUUAUCUCCGCCUCCCACCCGCUUCCGCUUCGAUAUCUUGCCGCACUCCUCCGAAAAACCCCAUCUUAACGAUCUGCACAAUGUGCCAACCAUUUUCGCCAAAGAUUACACUCAGUCGCGCAGUUCCCCGCUGACCUCGGUGCGGUCGGACGAAAGCGACACCUUCUUCACGCCCAAGUACUCCUUGUCCCCCCAACCCACCUUCCCCUCUAGAAAACCCGAGAUCAAAUGGGAUCAGACCGUCCUGGAGACCUCCCGGCGUCUGCGGGAACUGCGGAUGACCGGGCGGGACACGCCCAGUCGGACGGGCUGCGAGUCGGCCGACGACGUCUUCCACACACCGCGGACGUCCUUCCACGAACGCGACGCCGAGUACCGCCCGGGCACUAGCGAGUCGAAAGUCUCCGAGGGGUCCGACGGGGGUUCCCGUAAUUACGGGAACAACUUGGUCCCUUUGGGAAGCGGACGGAUCCGGUGAGCCGGAAGUUGAGUUUCGAUAGUCCGCCGCGCGAAGACCGCAAUCAGGUGAAACAGCGGCUGUUGAGUGCGACGCAGGAGCGGAAGGCGGAGGCGCGGGCGAGGGCCAAGCUGAAGACGGACGAGGAACUGAAACGCAACAGUCGACUAAGGGGAUCGUCCAGCUCGGAAGGGAGCGACGCGAGACGGACGUCUACCG